AACACCAGAAGAAAUGGAAUUUCCAUUUAUAAGAUGAGAUGUUCUUCAUAAUAGUAUAUUCAGAAUAUCAUUAUUUUUUACAUUACUAUUGUUAUCAAUGUAAAAAGAGAGGGAUUUUUUUUAAUUAAAAAUUGGAUAUUCAAACGAGUUUAUACCUGGUAGCAUAGAUUUGUAUCAUAGAUGGGAAUGCCGUUUUUCAUAACGUUUCUUGCAAGGUAAGAGUGGGGUGAACAAGUAUUGUAUUCAGCAGUAUACAUUGACAAAUCUUGUCUAAGAUAGUCUGAAAAAUCUGUCGUCAGUUGUCAAGUGACAUUCCAAAUCAAUUUGCCCCCCGAUCUGACAGCUUCGCUAUCACAUUUAUCGAAUUCAAAGGCACUUAACGAAAACACCAUUCGGAAAAGAAUGUCAAAAAUCGAAGAAGGAAAUGCUCAUAUACGGCAAGCUGAGAAAAGCUUAAAAACAUCUCUGUUAAAAUGGAGACGUGACUUCGAAGUUGCGGCCGAUGAAUAUACGAGUGCAGCAACUUGCUUCAGGAUAGCAAAGUCCUAUGAACAAUGCAAAGAAUGUUUGAUGAAAUCUGCUGAUUGUUAUAAAGAAAAUAGAUCAUGGUUCCAUGCUGCAAAGAAUAUCGAACAAGCUAUGUUAAUAUGCAAAGAAAUGGGAGACAUUUCAGAAGUACCAAAAUUGGCACACAGUGCAUGUUGCUUAUAUCAAGUGCAUGGGUCACCUGAUUCUGGUGCAAGUGUACUGGAUAAAGCAGGAAAGAUAGUGGAGGCUACUCAACCACAACAAGCAUUAGAACUGUUUAAGAGAGCUGCUAAUAUAGCAAUGGCUGAGGAUAGUCCACGCCAAGCAGCAGAGUACAUGAGCAAAGUGGCAAGAUUAUUAGUAAAAUUGCAAAUGUACGAUGAGGCUGCAGAUGCAAUCCGCAGUGAAAUUGGAAUGCAUCAACAAAUAGAUCAUGCACCAUCUGUGGGAAGAUUAACAGUAGCAUUGGUAUUAGUUCAGUUAGCUCGAGGUGAUCAAGUAGCAGCUGAAAAGGCUUUUAAGGAGUGGGGAAAUUAUUGUGAAGCUCCAGAGGUUCACACACUAGAAACGCUAUUAGAGGCCUAUGACAAUGAGGAUGCAGAUGCUGCAAAAGCAGCUUUAAGCAGCCCUUUUAUAAAGCAUAUGGAUGUUGAAUAUGCAAAGCUUGCUAGAGGUUUACCUCUACCACAACAACAAUAUGCUAUACCUCCACCAGGAGUUAGGGCAAAUGCAGCUGAGUCAUAUUCAUCUCCUAAUGCGACAAAGUUAUUGGAUGAAACUGCUAAUGACGGCCAAAGCACAAGUAAUAAUGUACCAGAAAAUACCACUCAGAAACCAUCAGAAGAUACUGUUCAGAAAGACUUAGAACAACUAGCGCUCUCAAAAGAUGCAAAAGAAGAAGAUGACGAAGAUGAAGAGGGUAUUUGUUAAAAUCAAUGUAAUUUAUAUUUAAAAACAAACAAACUUUAUUUUAUGGAAGGUACUAUAUCAUGUUAUCCCAGAGACAUAUUUAAUGCCUAUGAAAACAUUCUUUGCAGGCAAGCUUAUUAUAUAUAUAUGUAUAUAUAUAUAAUAAUUGUUAAUCUAAAAUUUGUUAUAUAAUUCAUUGCACACUUAUUGGCUUGGUAAAAAGAUUAACAAAAUCUCAAAGAAAAUUUCACAAAGUAUGUUACUCUUAGAAGUAUUUUCAGAAAUAUGAUAUUUAUAAAAAGAUUUCACUUAUUUAAAACUACUGUCAUAUUGAAUAUUUUAAAUAUAGUUUUCUGUGUAAAUUUAAAAAAUACUCCAACAUAAAAUAAUAAUAUAACACGUAUGCAUUUAUGUUUUAUAGAAUAUACGAAACAAAGGAAUGUCAGAAACGAACUUUUCAUGCAUAAAUUGUUCAUAUACUAAUGUUAGCUUUGUAAAUAUUAUGUUUUCUAGUUUUCAUAGAACACCUGCUAUAUAAGUCAACAUACCAUUGCAACAACAUGUGAGUUGUAAAAAUAUAUAUAGUAAAAUAAACUGUUAUUGCAAAUAA